AUGACAAUCGUUGAAUCAUGGUUUAUUCCGUUGGAUAUUCUUAUGAUUAUUCCUAUUACCUUAGCCGUUAUACUUGGUAUGAUAUUUUUAAUUGUUAUAUCAAUUGAUAAAACAUGCCAUACAGUACCAAUGAUGUUCACUGCUAAUAGAUUAUUAAGUGCAUUUGUACUUGGAUGUGUUUUACUUAGUUUAUGUGUAUUUACACUUAUAAAUGAUCUUCGACAAGUCCAAUAUCAAGAUUCACUUUGUGUUUUUCGAGGUUAUAUGGUUUAUGCUGUAGGUGCUGCACAAAAUUAUUCGAAUGCAGUAGAAGCUUUUUAUCGAUAUGUUCUUGUAGUUUAUCCUAGUCGAUUAUACUUCCGAUCAAUUCGAUUUCAAGCAUUAAUCAUUUUUACGGCUCCGCUUAAAGUAUCUGUCAUGAAAAGGAUGAAAUGCCGAUCAAAUGUGGUAGUAUCAACAGUAGCAUAA